UUCAUUGGAGUUUUUGUAUCAUGUUGAAUUAUAAUUCUUGGAUGACUUGUAGAUAUCUUAGUUCAUAUCCCGCACGGAUUAGACUUGUGUUUAUAUUCUCUAUAAAUAUUAACGUGCAAUACUCGCUCUAUUCAUUGAGUUGAGUUUACAGAUCAUUCAAUUUUUCUAGUUUAACAUCAUUCGGUUUGUAACCCGAUCACGAUCAACGUUCGCUGGUCAAUUUUGUUGCCAUGGGUAGCCUUAACUUGGAUCAAGGUGGGAUUUCGAGAUCAUAUUCAGUUUCACCCGCAACUCAUUACACUUUAAAAUUAGAGUCGUUUUCAAUGCUAAAAGAACUUACAGGGGAUCAUAGAUUUGAAUCGGACGAGUUUGAAGCUGGAGGAUACAAAUGGAAACUGGUGAUCUUCCCAUAUGGAAACAAGAAGAAAAAUGUGGAAGGCCACAUCUCUAUCUACUUGCAAAUGGCUCGAACAGAUUCACUUCAGCCUGACUGGGAAGUAUAUGUUGACUUCAGAGUGUGUUUGCUUGAUCAGGAAAAAGGAACCUACGUGGUUUUUCAAGACGAUAAGAUAAUGCAGAAGUGCCUUCAUGGGGCGGCGCCUGAUGUAGGUUUUGAUAAACUUAUCUCCCUUAAGGAACUUGCUGAUGCCUCCAAUGGAUAUGUCAUUAACGACACCUGUGUGUUUGGAGUGGAGGUUUUUGUUCGUAAAGAAAGAAGAGCAGGCAACGGAAGGUCCAUAUCAAUGACCAAGAAUGCUGCGAUGUACACGCAUGUUUGGAAGAUUGAGAACUUUUCAAAGUUAAAAGAUGAAUAUUAUUGCUCCAAACCAUUCACCGCAGAAAACCAGAGAUGGAAGAUAGAUAUAUAUCCCGAGGGAGAUGGUGCUUCAAAGGGUACUCAUCUUGCACUUAACUUAACAUUGGCUGAUGCAGAAAAGCUACAUCCUCGCUCCCAAAUCCUUACAAAGUUCACCUUUCGUAUUGUAGAUCAAAUGCAUCACAUGCAUCAUUGUAGUUUUCCAGGUACUACUUGGUUCAGCGCUUCACAAAAGAGUUGGGGUUGGCCGUCAUUCAUCACACUGGCCACUUUGAAUGAGGCAGACAAGGGAUUUUUAUUGAACAAUACUUGCAUAGUCGAGGCAGACAUCAUCGUCAUUGCAAUUGCUAAAGCACUAUAGUGAGCUUGAUGUAAAACUAAAACUCGAUCCGGGGAUGUAUUCAUGCUAUUAGUUUGAUGGCAUUGGUCGACAAUGACUUGAAACCAUUCAUCAUUCUUAAUAAAUGUGAUUGGGAAAAAGAAAAAAAAAACAUUUAAUGCUA